UAGCUGCGCCGUGCCUCGGAUGAAAUGGCUGAUAUUGCGGCUAGUGAUUCUGCCGUUAGUUGUUGUGCUGGCGUGUACGAGUACGGUUCUCGUGCGCGCAUACGGCAGCGCUCCUUCAGCGUUAAAUCAAAGACAGAUUUCAAAAUUCAAGCGGUUUUAAAAAUUAUGUUUGAGUGUUUUUUGUAUGUGUUUUGUUCAUUGCUACGUGCUGUGCUUUUUGAGUUCUGCAACUUUUGUUUAUGUCUGGAGACUAAACUUGUGAAGGUCAACGCGUCGCCUCGAUCGGUCUCAAAUUUAAGUGUUUCGUAAUAAGGCCAAGAGACCAAUAGCUGCGAAUUUCAUUUUAAUUGUAUUUUGUCAAGGCUUCAAGUGAAAUUAGUUAAAAAUCCCUUUAAAGUUUGCGAUAAAGGCAUUCGAGUGUAACAAAUAAAGAAAACCAGACAAUCAUGAACGCCUCAUGCAGCUACUAGCUGCAGUGCAGUAGAUGAGCAAUGUUGGCUGCUGACAGUAGUGAGAUCAGUGACUUCGGGCCAACCUCGCGGCCACUGCAAGCCAGCUCCGCUGAGAACAGCAGACACCGAUUAACGGUUGGUACUACGGCCAAGCGACCCCCUAAAACCAGCCACCGUUCUGGCCCAAUGACAGCCAGCAGCACCGGCGGAGCAAGCGGCAACGGAAACGGUAGCAGUGGCUCCGCAAGCGGCUGUGGCGCUCCAAAUGCCCUAUCCUCGGCUAAGGGAGGAGGUACCAUGACGACUGUGACAGCGACGACGGUCAAGGCAACGGUCAGCCACGGCCAAAUUCAUGGGCGAAACGACAGAGGGGGUCGCAGCGCCGCACCUGGGGGCUCCAACGUAGACGGAUUUGUCGGGGGGAUCGAGAUUUAUUUAGGCCUCAUUGGAUGGCGAAAGAAGUGCCUGUACACUCUGCUAUUGCUGCUAAUGCUGCUUAUUAUCACAAACCUCGUGCUUACCCUCUGGAUUCUCAAAGUGAUGGAGUUCUCCACGGAGGGCAUGGGUCAGCUUAAAAUCGUACCCGGUGGCAUACAGUUGUCGGGACAAGCAAUAAUUAUGGACAUGCUGCGCGCAUCGACAAUCCGUUCGCGUCACGGUCAACCCAUCUCGAUAGAAUCAUCACGUAAUUUUUCAAUCAAUACACGUGACCCGAAUGGUAUGAUUGAGAAUCAUUUAUUUCUGGGACACGAUAAGUUCGAGUGCCUGUCUGCGGGAUUUCGCAUAAACGACACCAACGGUCGCAGCCUUUUUUCCGUAAACCGAAAUGAAGUCACAAUCGGAGCGCACGCCCUGCGGAUCGACGGCGAAGGUGGCGCCGUAUUUCGGGAGUCCGUGCAGACGCCGCAUGUGCGCGCCGAGCCAGGUCGGGAGUUGAGACUCGAAUCCCCCACUCGCCAAUUGGAGAUGACGGCGGCCAAGGACAUCAACUUGCAAUCCCGGGCAGGAGGAAUAGAAGUUGUGGCCCUGGAAGACGUCAAGUUCCGAGCCCUCGAUGGGAGCCUGCGUUUGGAAUCCUCGAAGAUACUUAUGCCCAACCUGCGAACGGCCCAGCCUCCCAUCCUGGGCAACGCCCAGAGUCGGGACCAUAUGCACCGAGUCUUCCAACUCUGCGCGUGCUCGAACGGCAAGCUUUUUUUGGCAGCGUCGCAUUCGAUAUGUGCGGGCGAUGACUCUACCGUCUGCAGAUGAUUGCAAGACAGCACGCGCUGGCAGUCCACGUCCACGUUCAAUAGCGAUGCCCGAAAUGAAGGCGGUUUGGAUACAGAGUAGGCUACCGGACAACCAGUAUACAAGUAUGCGGUUCAAGGCAAUGAAGAGGACAGAUCGCUCACUGCUCAUUACCAUAACUUUAGCUGUAUGCACAGAAAUCAUGUUAAAUUAUUCAUAUGCUAACUGUAACAUAGAGUGGUAUACCUAACUAGUAGAAAAAACUUAAAAAAAUAUGAUUAAUCAUGCAUACGCGUAUAUCUGCAUCCAUAAUCGUUUAUACCGAAAUUUAAAGAACAAAAUCAAGAGCUUCUUAGACAUUUGGAUGUUGUGUAUACUAGUACAGAUGGCAAUUCAGAGGCAUAGGCAUGUCCUAUAUAGAUACAUACUAUAUCAAGAAAGUAAAUAUUGACGGAGUAUACAUUACAGAAAAUAAUAAAUUUAUAAUCAAGCAUAGGCUACCACCAAAGGGCAGUCUCGUAAUAAAUAUAUUAACAUUGUCGUUAUUGCGACGUAAAAUCCUUUAAAAUAAAAUGGUAUAGACUCCCAGGUUUACUGUAUUUACCCCUGUGAAUGUGUGCCUACCCAAUUGGGAUCGGUUUUAAAGGAUCGGUUCAGAAUACAAAUUUUUUUUUAUGUUAGAAAUCGCUCCAAAUUUUUUCCAAACAUAAGUCGUCACAUAUAUCAGUUAAAAUAUUUCCAAAUAUGCGCAGUUUGCAUACCCUUGCGGAGGGUAUUAUUAUUUUCGUCAAAAGUUUGCAGCGCGGUGGUCACUUUUCAUUUUCCAUAUUUUACUUUUUUCAUAAUUCAUAUUCUUAAUCAGCCUAGUCGACUUUCUGCUGUCAUACCUAUUGCUAGAUCUGCUUAAAAUCUAAAGGCUUAACUUUUGCAGUUACAUUUUACGAAGAUCUAGUUUUGAAAACUCAGCUUUUUGUCUAAUGUUUUGUUUUUUAUUCCAUUUCCGGACCUAUACCUUUUGGACGAAAAUCGAAUGACUAAUUCUUAUAGCUGUUAUAUUUGUGUCAUACUGGCCGUAUGCAUUUUACUAGCGUAAUGCAAAAACCUUUAACACGAAAUAUAUCAAAUCGUUUAUUACGUCUACACCGAUUUUGUUAAAAAGUCUUUGUGAUCAGACGAAUAUAUUCUAUAGAUGCAAGAGGAAACGAUCGUGUUAAAUUUUUAAUGAAAUAUGCAAAUGUUUUUUUUUUAUUUCUUAUAUGAUGGUUGCACAUUAAUUCAAAUCCACCUCUUGAGUUGACUAUAUUAUAUAUCUGUCUUAUGUAUAUUCGCAUAGUUUUUAUUUUUAAUAAUCCUCCUUUUUAUCAAAUCAAAAACUUUAACCAUGGAGGAUUAUGAUUGAUUAACAAAAACCCAGAACCAUUUACACAAAGCAGUCCAAAGAUAUUGCAAAUGUGUUUUUUUUAUGUCUUAUAUGAUGGUUGCACAUUAAUUCGAAUCCACCUCUUGAGUUGACUAUAUUAUAUAUCUGUCUAAUGUAUAUUCGCAUAGUUUUUAUUUUUAAUAAUCCUCCUUUUUAUCAAACCAAAAACUUUAACCAUGGAGGACUAUGAUUGAUUAACAUAAACACAGAACCAUUUACACAAAGCAGUCCAAAGAUAUUGUACAUAAACUGUGCAUCAUACUGAAAUACAAAUUGACUCGGCCGUAAUCCUAACUGUAUUCAUGUAGAUAAUCUUGCAACGACUAUUAUUAUUUAGAAAAUGUUUGUAUGAUAAUUAUGAUCAGAUGCAUCAUGCUGGCAUUAGGCACAAUACGAAGACAAUGAAAUAUCAUCCAAUGAAUCAUAAGAGCUAUUUAUAUCUAAUCGUAUACCUAUGUACCAUUACAGGUACACAUAUGAAAACAAAUACGAAUACCUGUAUAAUUAUGCACAAAAAAAUAAAUAUGAGUAAAUGAGUUUGAACAUGGAUAUGGAUAUAAAUACAUAUAUUAAUACAGUUGAAUAUGAAAUUGUCGUUGGAUUUUUCAAGUGCGGGAGCACUGAUACGUAUAUAUUAAUAUUAAUGUAUCAGCGUUUUCAAACUUGAAUAAAUAAAUAUAUAUAAAUAAUCAAAUGUAUUUGUAUCUGUAUCUAUGUUAGUAAAUAGCAAAUGCUUUGAAAAAGGCAAUAAUAUUAAUUUGUUGUUAAUUUUUUUAAGGACGGAUAGGAAAUAUAAAGUUUAUGUAUAAAGUGUGGAGUGGAGGUACGAAAUCUUUAUAUAUCAUAUAUUGUAAUACUGAAAGUACAGAAAGAUAAAUACAUGCGUAAACAACAAUUAAACAAUUAAUG